AUGACAGCCGCCGUUGGUCGAAUAUGGUCAGCUUUUAACCCGCCUACGCCGCCCAAGCGUGACGAUGCGAUUAAGUUCGGCAUUUUGGGCGCGGCGAACAUUGCGCCCCUAGCUCUAAUCACCCCUGCCAAGUCACACCCGGAAGUUAUCAUCCAGGCGGUGGCUGCUCGUGAUCAUGCAAAGGCGGAGGAUUUCGCGAAAUCGAACAAUGUCCUAGAGGUGAAGAAUUCAUACUAG